CCUCCUGCCUCCCCUCAUCUCCCGGCUGCAUCUUCCUUUCCUGCGCCCUGUUUUACCUCAGACGAACAUGCAGAAGACGGCGAUCUUGCUAUGGGGCUUGCUGCUGCUUUCCGGGGGCUCAGCAGGGACCAAGGAAGAGUGCUCCACAGGGAAAUUUACUGCCAGCGGAGAAUGCUGCCGAGCCUGUAGCUCUGGGGAAGGAGUUGCCCAACCUUGUGGAGUAAACCAAACUGUUUGUGAACCUUGCCUGGACAGCGUCAGCUAUUCAGACACAGUGAGUGCCACCGAGCCCUGUAAGCCCUGUAAACAGUGUGUGGGUCUGGAGAGCAUGUCGGCUCCUUGUGUGGAAUCGGACAACACCAUCUGCAAAUGUAUCUAUGGCUUCUACCGGGAUAAGAACAAUAAAUGUAAAAAGUGCCGCAUCUGUGAAAUAGGCUACGGGCUUGUCUAUCCUUGUGGGGAAAAUCAGAAUACGUUGUGUGAGAAAUGCCCGGCGGGGACGUAUUCUGAUGAAGCCAACCAUGUGGACCCCUGCUUUCCUUGCACAGUGUGUGAGGAGGAUGAAAUCAUGGAGAAGGACUGUACUGCAACUUCAGAUGCCAAGUGCAGAGCAAUUAAUCCAAGAUUUGCGAUGACAACCAAAGUCCCGAUGGAUCCUUAUACCAGCGACAGAAAUGCAGAUGCAAACGCUGAUGUAAUCGUAGAUAUGGAACACGCAACUAAUCCACAAUUUGCAGUGGCAACGAAGACCCCAAUGAAUUCCAACACUAGUGAUGCAGACCCAGAUAUAGAACAUGGGACACCCAAAAGUCCCUUUCCCAUUACAAAUUUUUCAGAGACUCUGGAUAUUUUGGAGACCACUAUAAUGAGCACUACAAUGACCACUAUUAUGGGCAGCUCCCAGCCUGUCAUUCGAAGUGGGACAGCCGAUAACCUCAUCCCUGUCUACUGCUCCAUUUUGGCAGCUGUGGUGGUGGGUCUGGUGGCAUACAUUGCCUUCAAGAGGUGGAACAGCUGCAAACAGAACAAACAAGGUGCCAACAACCGUCCUGUCAACCAGACACCUUCCCCAGAAGGAGAGAAACUUCAUAGUGACAGCGGCAUCUCGGUUGAUAGCCAAAGCCUCCACGAUCAACAGCCACCAACCCAAACAGCAUCUUUACAAGGUCUUAAAGGAGAUGGGAAUCUUUACACCAGCCUGCCCCCUAACAAACGUGAAGAGGUUGAAAAGCUGUUGAAUGGUUCCACAGAGGAGACAUGGCGCCACCUGGCUGGUGAACUAGGCUACAAGGAAGAUCACAUAGACUCCUUUACACAAGAGGAAUACCCCGUCCGUGCGCUGCUCUCGGAUUGGUCCAGCAAGGACAGUUCCACCAUGGAUGCCCUUUAUUCAGCCCUGCGCAAGAUCCAAAGGGGGGACAUUGUGGAAAGCCUUUAUAGUGAAUCCACUGCUAGUUCUCCAGUGUGAAGGAGAAAGAGAGGGCAGAGGCGAUUGGAAGAGGUAGAGUUAGCUCCUCAUUUCCCCUGCCCCACUGGUGCCACUUGGAAGAAGGACAUGUGGAGGAAAAAUAGAGCUCAUUCUUUCUGGGGACACUGGAAUGAUCCUUGUAAGCACCGAUUUAGUUAUUUUUCCCUCUCUGCCCUACUGUCCUGGUAUUUUCAUCCAAUAGCUCUUGCUAGUAACAAACAAUAAGACGGUAAAAGGAAAUGAAAGACAGGAGAAGGAAUGGAUGUCUUGUUUAUACUGUAUGUGCUCCUUUAAAUCUCCUGGACUUUGAGUGGAUGGCUGAUUCUGAACUGAGGCAAGAAUGAAGAAAUACAUCUGUCCAAAGCCAAUUGCUUGACUUCCCUUUCAGGUGCCUCUGGCAUUUAUCCCACGCGCUUCUCUCAUGAUCCCAUCAACAUCAGUUCUCUUUCUUCUCUUGCACAUCUUCUUUCCUUCAGUCACCAGUUUACCCUAUUUAAGCACAUCUGAAAUCAGGAGAAAGGAAAGGAAAAAAAAACCCAAGGAGACCAGCCAGAUACGUUACAGAGUGAUGAAGGAUUCAAAGAAGGCAGAAAGAGCUGGAAUGCUAGGCCUGAAACAAGGAGACAUAUGGUGUUUAGAGGACAAGUGAACAUUUGUUUUGAGGCAACCUCCUGAGGGGGCUCUGAGUGGGGAGAAAAGAAAUGUGGACCAGGUUUCUAGCUAUCAAAACUGACAGUAUGAAGAUCAAAGUGAGAAGCUAAGGGAUGGAACCCAAAGACAAAAUAACGACAUUUCCAUCCAAGUAUGGGUGACCACAUCAAAAUUAUAUUUGAUCCCGCCCUUGUUUUCUUGCUCAGAUGCAUUCUUCUCUAGCUAAUAAGGAUUUUUUUAAUUAAAAAAAACCCUUUUCCAUUUUUCUUUUUCUGAGUUUGACUGAAACCAGUAAAGUCAUAUAAACCCUUGCUUAAAGGAGCCAGAUAUGCCGCAUUGAUGUGUGGACCUAAUCAGAAGCAAACAAGGCAAGUGGUCAGACAUAUACAUUCAUUUUCCAAGGGAUGCUGCUUUGAUGAUGCCACAUGCUGUAUGUUCUUCUUCAAAUUGGUAAACCAAUCACUGUGUGUUAAGAAGCUGUAACCUCUGUUGCAUUAAAAGGGGAAGCAAGCAAGCAAACAAAAAAUCCCUUAGUGGCCUUAAUGCACAAAGCAGGGAGCAAUCUAUAUGAAAACGUAGCUGCUCUCAGAGGUAGAAUUUUGCUGAAUGUUAUUCCUGGGUCAAGUGAUGUACAGCCACCAAAGCAACCUGCUAUUUUCUGUUUUCAAAUAUUAGAGGGAUAUAAAAGCACUAUGGGAAUAGGAUGGUGGGGAAAUAUUCUACAAGCUAACAAGAAUCACCAAAAGCUCUUGAGAAAAAACAAACAAACAAACAAAAAAAGAACUGGAACUGUACAAUUCCUUUUCUCUGUAUCUGUAUUAUAAGAUUAAUGUUGGUUUCUUUUAUUCUUAUUCUGAUGAUACUCAUAUAGACUUUAUGAAAAAAAUGGUGGCAUUUGAAAACUGAUAGGUUUUUAAACAGUUGACUGGGCCAUUCAUGGGUAUUGUUUAGCUGCUCAUCUUGUUUCUCUGAUUUAAAACCGUGGAGAAGAAAUCUCUCCAUCAUAUGUAUGCACGCACACGUAUAUAUAAAUAUAUACUUAGAAAGUAAUGGGAAUACUUCCUGGGGAAUGUUAGUUAGGAAUGCUAAUUAAUUUCCCUCUCAACCAAGAGAUGAUUAGGGAAGCUUUGCAGUCUGCACUAAGUGUUGCUAUUCUAAUCACUUUUCUGUCAUCAUACCAAUUUUAAUGGUUUGCCUCACCAGAAAACUUCUAUUUUAACCUUGACAUUUUUGCUGUCAACAAACCUUAGUAGCAAUUUUAAAUAGGAUGGUACAACAGAUUGAGGAAAGUUAAUUACAUGUUUGCUUUCUAUUUAAAAACUUUUUACAGAACAACUAGAACCAUGUCUUUAUUCGUAGAAUGUUGCUAUUACAUAACAACAAUAAUAAAGAAGCCAGAGGAAGAGCUAGUAACAUAUCUAAUGAAUUCCCAAAAAUUUUAGAAAGAAAAUAUGGAGAUACAUGGAGGUACUUGUGGCCUUGUUGAUUUUGGGUCUAACUACUGGCCCACCUAGCUUAACAUCCUUUUCAUGUCAAUUCUGAAACCCAAAUUCCCUUUUUAUGGUAUGAAGGGCAAAGAGCCUGGACACACAAAACAGGCACUUUACCUCAGAAAUCCAACUCACAAACUAGUUCAACCUCUUGGUAUACAAUUUGGAGAUAACUCCAAUUGCCCUUUUCUCUUUUUGUAGAGAUAUGUCCCUUGUUGUGUAGUAACUAUCCCAAAAGAAGCAAACAGAGUGCCAAAUGUUUUUGCUUUUCUUGAACAUGCAACUCCAUUAAAUAAUUCUACCUUUUAAGAUUUACUGCAUUAAGCCCUUCAUUUUUCUUUUGGGGCAACAAAAUCCCCACAGAUUAAGAGAUGCAGGCAAGAUAGAAACCCCACUGGAAUUCAGGUUUCAGGUUAUAGCAAACAGAAUUUAUCUUAGCAGGUAAAUUUUGGCACAUGACACACAUGAGUUGGAGCUUCUCUGCAAAAGAAAGGAAGUCCUUCUUCUUCUAAAUGCUAUUCCUUAUUAUUCUGAAGUCAGAGUAGAAACAAGAAAACCAAUCAAUAUAAGAGACUGAGUGAUUAGUAUUCUUGAAUAAUCAGGUAUAAAUGUGUUAUAUUGUAACUGUGUUAUGCAACAGCUACAUCUCUUCCCAAAAUCGUGUUUCCAACUGCAUGAUCCUAGGAAAAGAUGGGACUGUUUUAAAAUGUUGCAGUGACAUCCUAUGUUUGUACUUCAAAGCUUCUUUUUGGAAUGAAAUCAGAAAUGUGGUACAGUUAUGUUUAAUAUCAUAACCAUAUGAUUGAUUGGGACUUGCAUAUGAAGACCCGUCUUCAUAUAUCAAUAACAAGGACACAAUGUCAGUGAAUAACAGUGCCUUUCGAGUACAACUUUUUCUUUUUUUAACCAGGAAGUUAAAGGAUGUUGAAUUCUUAUGCUAACAACCCAUACAAAGAGAUGAAAAUGUGAUAGGACAAAGAAAUGUAGAGCCUAUUUAUUUGAAAUUUGGCCUAUUUUAUCUGGAAUAAAUUAUCCCGAAUAGAGUAUAUCUCUAUAUCAGAGCCAUGCUUAGUUGAAAAGAUAUGUGUAGAAGAGAAUAAAAUGGGAAAAUGACGCUUUAUUAUAAAUCAUUGUUGGCAUAUGUCUCCAUUUUAUUCACUGCGUUGAACUGCAAUUGGGCACAGUAAAUCUGUGGCUUUCCUUUGUGGGUUCAAAUGCCAGAAUAUCGGGAAAACUCAAUAGUUCUUGCUAGUCUUCUG